UUUGGUUUGCCAUCACUAAUUUUGAGGAGAAAAAAAAAAACAAACAUUAAAAGCCGCAUAAAUCUUAAAUUGGAAUAAAAGUGUAUUAUAAGUAUAGAAAUAAUUUAAUUGAAAGUAAUUCCGACAACAACAUGGCCAAUGUAGAGUCAAUGAUUGUAGAGGACAAGACGCAGCUGAAGCAAAUCGACCGUGAAAAGACAUGUCCCCUGUUGUUACGUGUAUUUUGUUCUACGGGACGCCAUCAUUCCGUCUCGGAGUAUAUGUACGGUAAUGUUCCAACCAAUGAACUACAGAUCUAUACCUGGCAGGAUGCCACAUUACAUGAGCUAACAUCGCUAGUCCGGGAUGUAAAUCCGGAUACACGAAAGAAGGGAACCUAUUUCGAUUUUGCCGUUGUCUAUCCCAACUAUAGGAAUAAUCACUUUCAAAUGCGUGAAAUCGGUGUAACCUGCACUGGCCAGAAAGGCAUCGACGAUAAUAAGACUCUGGCCCAAGCUAAGUUUACCAUUGGAGAUUUUCUGGACAUCUCCAUAACGCCACCGAAUCGUCUACCUCCUCCUGCCCGCCGACAACGUCCGUACUAGUACAUUGACAAAAAGUUUUUUAAUUUCUCCACUCAGAUACAAAUACAAAAUAAUAAAGUACGGAUUAUAGAUAGACUUAAGAGUUACUACUACUGGAA